AUGCUUUGUCAACCAGCCAUCGCCUCCAUGUCUCUUGGACGGGCUUGCGCGCAUGGCAUGCCGGCGAAAUUAGAUGAGGCUGCCCGCCAUGGAUUCGACAUCGAACUCUUCCACGAGGAUCUUCUCAGCAUAGCUGAGCUAUUACCCGGAGGACCGACACCGCAUAAUCAGAUCAAAGCCGCCGAAGAGUUGCGUUCAAUGUGCGAUGAUCGAGACAUUUCAAUAAUGUGUCUGCAACCGUUCAUGCAUUACGAAGGCUUGAGAGACCGACUCAGACAUGAUGCACGGAUUGUCGAAAUGAAGUUGUGGAUUCAACUAGCGCAGCUGUUAGGAACAAAUCUGAUCGCUAUCCCUUCUUCAUUCUUAUCGGUCGAAGAGGCUAGCGGCGACCUCGACCUGAUCAUCCGAGACUUACAAGAGAUCGCAGACUUAGGACGUCCUGCUGGCAUGCAAUUCUCGUACGAGGCGUUAUGCUGGGGUACGUACGUCGAUCAUUGGGAGCAAAGCUGGGAUAUCGUGCAAAGAGUGGAUCGACCAAAUUUUGGAUUGUGUCUCGACACUUUCAACAUCUGCGGACGAGUAUAUGCGGAUCCAGCAUCGCCGUCGGGCAAGACACAUAACGCCGAUCAAAAGCUUGCGGCCUCAAUACAACGGCUUGUGGCGACCGUCGAUGUCAAUAAGAUUGCCUUUGUUCAGGUCGUCGAUGCUGAACGCCUACACGAACCACUCGUGAAGGGCCACAAAUAUUUCGACACAACACAACCAGCGCGGAUGAGCUGGUCAAGAAACUGUCGACUUUUUUACGGUGAAGAAGAUCGUGGGGCAUACUUACCUGUGUACGAAGUCCUUCGUGCCAUCAUUGUUGAUCUCGGGUAUCGGGGAUACGUCAGCGCAGAGUUAUUCAGCAGGACUCUCUCAAGAGCCGACCCCAACGUACCGCGUGACCAUGCCUCGAGAGCCGCUAAAUCAUGGGACAAGAUCGUGGCCGACUUUGACCUAGACACCGAAAUGCCACAGUCAUUCAGCUCACGCGUCAUCGAGCAGCCUCGAGCUCUAUUGUGA